AUGAGCCAGAGACCUCCGCCAGGCUCACAUCGAGACCUCCUCACAGGCGCCAAGCAGCAACAGGCCGCCCAUCUCCAGACGGCGGCAGCGGCGUCGGCGCAGCUAAUACGGGCCGUAGAGUCCAUAGUUCGGGUCAAUUCCGCCACUGCGCCGCUGGCACGCACCGUGCUUUUGGACAAGGUGGCCACCAUCCAUGAGCUCGACGCGGAAAUCGACCGGCAGCUUGCCCAGGACAUUGCCGAGAACUACGAGGCGCUUCUUGCGGCCAAGCAGAAGUUGGCGCGCCACGUGACACGCACCCAGCGGGCCUUGGCCAUGCUGCGGCAUUCUGCUGGUUCUUGCGUGGAUGUCUUGCAGCUGAAGGCCGAGCUCAUCGACCAGGAGUUGCGGGUCUUGGAAACCGCGCUCUCGUACAUCAACAACCAGGAUUGA